AGGUCUGCUGCGCCAUGUGGGUUGCUCCCUGGUGGGCCGGGGAAACUCAUGCUGCAGAGGCUGCGGAUUGCUUCAUAGUGCGAUGCUUAACCCCCUGCGCCAGCAGGGAGGCCCCCAGGUGAUGAUUUUAGGGCACACAUUUACAGUUUGGGAUUGAUGGGCUUCAGUUUCAGUGGUCAUGGUUUAAUCUGGCCUCUGCUCCUGUAUUUGUCGGGGUUUGGGCCUCGUCGGGAUCUCAGGAUGUUCUCAGGAACACUAGGUGGGAAAUGAUGCCCAGGCUGCCCAUUCCUCUUGGAACCUCAGAAGUCACUAAUAAUUCUCUUUCCCUCUUUUCAGAUGUGGGGUUCCAGCAGACUCUUGUAUUCCCCUGAAUGGCCCAGAGCCAGCCCCCUGAGUCCCAAUGACAGGAAGCAGAGAAAGAAUCACACCAGCAAACUGCAAGAGCUGGCACUGCUGCUCCCUAUGGCCCUGAAGAUUGGCACCAAGAAGCUCACCAAGAAGGAGAUUCUGCUGCAUGUCCUGCACUACAUCCACUUCCUCCAGAGGAACAUCGAUGUGGCCAAGGCCUUGCUCAAAAUCUACACCACCGAUGGGGACAGUACACUUCGGGGAGGAGGGCUGGCAUGGAACCCAGCGGCCGGACCCGCAAGGCAAAGACACUCCACUCCAUUGAGCACCCCACACUCUCGGAAGUCCCCUCUGCAGGGAGCCUGCCGGAAACCUCAGAAGAAGUGGUGGCCCUGGGAGUCAGAACGCCACAGCCGGGCCCAGAACCCCCGCCGCUAUCUGGCCCUGGUUAAGCCCAAGAAGCAGGAAUCCCCAUACCCAGAGCAGCAAGGAGGAACUGCCUUGGGGGCCACCACCCCUCCCAGUUGCGCCUACUCCUACAGUCUCCCCCAGGCUGCAUCACCUCUGCCUCCUGGCGACAGAAAGGGCGUCAGGUCCUGGCUGACGUUGCUGGAUGUGGCUGAGAACAGCGUCCACUGCGGCACCCCAGGCUGCUGCUGUGGAAAGAGAGCCCAGCCUGGUGGGCCUUACUCUGCCUUAGAGGACCAGCAAGGGGCUCAGAGGCUCCAGUUUCUCAACAGGACACAGCCCUUUCCCAGACAGAAGCUGGUGUUCGACUCCAGUGAGGAAGCGGACAAGGAGGACCCCAACGCCGACCCUUGGCUUCCUGCCUGGACCCGAGAGGACAGCCCGCACGGGAGUCCACUGGCCUUGGAGCCACCCCAGAUUGACGACUAUAGUGUAACAGGCCACCUGAGCGAGAUCCUGGGCCUCAGCCCUUCCCUCUUCAGCUCCCUGGGGAAAAUGCUGCCUGAACAGAUCUUGGAGGACGACACCGAGUACCUGACUCAAGCGCUCUUUGAGGAAGUGCUGUUAGAGCCUGUGGCUUCGCCUUUGGCCAGCAUGCUCGAGGAGCCACGGAAGGACACACCCUCUGAGGCCCCCGAAGACGCGCCCGGCCCCCACGGCCUGUGCCCGUCCUCCGUGUCGCUGGACCACUGCUACCUCCCGCUGAGUGGCAACGGCAGGGCGCCCGCCAGCCCCAGCUCCGCGGACACAGACCCGGAGUCGGACACCCAGGCCGACCCCAAGGGCCUGCUGUCCUCCAGUGACGACGGCGACUACACGUGGACCCCCAGCCGCCGGGCCCCCGCCCUGGCCACGGUCGGGAGAAAGGCCCGCAAGGGCCGGGGCCCUGUGAAGCCCAAGGAGAGCAAGGCCGCCGCCGGCCCCACCCAGAUGAAGAAAAAGUGCGUCAACGGCUUCAUCAUGUUCUGCAGGAUGAACCGGAAGCAGUAUAUCCGAGCCUGCCCUGGUACUGCGUCCACCGCUGCCACCAAGGAGCUGGCCCAGCUCUGGCGGGUGAUGACCCAGCAGGAGCGGAGACCCUACUGCAUCAAGGCGCGCAGAUUCAGCCGCCAGCACAACCGCAUCGUGAAGCAGGAGAGCUCCGGCAGCGAGGACGAGGACUGGGAGCCCCCCAAGCCCUUCUACCAGCUUCUGGCGGAGAAGGCCCGCAGCGCCCCGAAGCCAGCCCCGCCGCCGCCUGCCCCCCGGGUCUGAGGGCUG